CCGGCCGGGCACUCCUGUCCUCCGUCUCGGUGCCCCUCCCCCGGCAGUGCGCCCCCGGGACCCGAGCUGCAGACUCGGAGAGGAGUCUGGGGCCUCGGCCACCCUUUCCUCACUCUUGGUCACCCAAGGCUCUCCUUGCGAGCGAUGAGGGCUUCUGGGGACGCCUUUGGGUGCCGGGCACUUUGGGCCACGCUGAAGAGCCGCACUGGCCUGGGAGGCAACUUUUAGAAGGACCGGGGGCGAUGGGCGUCUCAGCCCCGUGUGGUGUCAGCUGUCACAGACUGGGAAGUUCAAGGACAGACAUUGACUUCCACAGUGCUGAAGGGUGCAAGUCCAGGAUCCAGGCGUCCUCCAUCCACUUGGAAGCUGCCACCCAGCCAUGGAGGGGGAGGAGCGGCCACCCCAGGAGGCUGACGUGGAAACUGUCAUGACAUCGGGGGCCUCAGAGUCGGUGCCCAGGGUGAUUUCCGGAGAAGCCCAGAACCUGUCUGACGUGGACGCCUUCCAUCUGCUCCUGGAGAUGAAGCUGAAGCGGCGGCGUAAGCAGCCCAAUCUGCCACGCACAGUGACCCAGCUGGUGGCCGAGGAUGGAAGCAGAGUGUACGUGGUGGGCACCGCCCACUUCAGCGACGACAGCAAGCGCGACGUGGUGAAGACCAUCCGUGAGGUGCAGCCUGAUGUGGUGGUUGUGGAGCUCUGCCAGUACCGUGUGUCCAUGCUGAAGAUGGACGAGAGGACACUGCUGCGUGAGGCCAAGGAAGUCAGCCUGGAGAAGCUGCAGCAAGCUGUGCGGCAGAAUGGGCUCAUGUCUGGGCUCAUGCAGAUGCUGCUGCUGAAGGUGUCAGCCCACAUCACCGAGCAGCUGGGCAUGGCCCCCGGUGGCGAGUUCAGGGAGGCCUUCAAGGAGGCCAGCAAGGUGCCUUUCUGCAAGUUUCACCUGGGCGACCGUCCCAUCCCUGUCACCUUCAAGAGGGCCAUCGCUGCACUGUCCUUCUGGCAGAAGGUCAAGCUGGCCUGGGGCCUGUGCUUCCUGUCAGACCCCAUCAGCAAAGACGAUGUGGAGCGCUGCAAGCAGAAGGAUCUGCUGGAGCAGAUGAUGGCUGAGAUGAUCGGCGAGUUCCCCGACCUGCACCGCACCAUCGUGGCGGAGCGCGACAUCUACCUGACCUACAUGCUGCGGCAGGCUGCCCGGCGCCUCGAGCUGCCCCGAGCCUCUGAGGCUGAGCCCAGGAAGUGUGUGCCCUCUGUGGUUGUGGGUGUCGUGGGAAUGGGCCACGUGCCUGGCAUCGAGAAGAACUGGAGCACAGAGCUCAACAUCCAGGAGAUCAUGACUGUCCCCCCGCCAUCCAUCAUGGGCCGAAUGUCCCGCCUGGCUGCGAAAGCCACCUUCUUCGGGCUGCUGGGCUACAGCCUGUACUGGAUGGGCCGCCGCACCGUGAGCCUUGCGCUGUCAUUGCCUGUGGCGCAGUUCUGCCUCCAGAGGGCGUCUGCAGCCCGGCCGGGCCCAUAGAAGGCCGCUUGGCUUGGUGCAGGACAGCUACUCCCCGCUGCAGCUGGGGGCUCCUGAGAAGCCGGUGUGGCCAGGGGACCUUCCUGGGAGCAUCCAAGCCACCCCCUAUGGGGGUCCAGGUCAAGCCUCGCCUGCCCACCCCCCAGCCCACCCCAAUAAAGGGAUUAUUUAAUUGUCUGAGCUCAGGCUCCCCAGCAGCCCACUUGCUCCAUACCCAGGGACUUCAGGGACCAGCGCGAGCCUGGCCGCCAAGCGGUGGGCUGGGGAGGGCCUCCGGUGCACACUGGUCCUGCCCACAGUGGGCUCAGGGCCCUGGCUGCACCCUACCUCACUGUGCCUUGUGUGCCCUGAGCAUCUGGUCCCAAGGGUCUCAUGGAGCACUCGGGGCCCACACAGCUCUUCACUGUGGGCCAGGGGAGCCGUGGCCACCCUGGACGAACCUGCAGCAUACAUGCUGCAUCUCCGCCUACAGAGAUUCUGUGUUUUCGGCUUUUUUAAAUGUCUGAAAAUUUUUUACUCAGGUAAUUUUAACUUUAAAGAAAAAAAAAGCAAACUGGAGCAAAUGUCAGGAAAUACAAGCCUUAAGUCCAGUGAAACAGGAGAGUCUUGUGUUUGUCUCUGUCCUGAGCAGGCCCAGGCAGCCCCACAGGAUGCUGCCUCCCUUGGGUCCCUGGCGGCCUGUGCCCAGCACGCUGCCCCAGCCACUGUGUCCUGGCCCCACCGUGUCUAGUUGUCCCUGUGCUGUCAAUCCAAUCAGGGAACCCCUACAGAACUGGGCCGGGUUGCCAAGCCGCUGGGCAGCCCUGUCUUAUACUCAUGAACUUGUUCCUUAGAAAUGCAAAUAAAUUCUAAUUUUGGAAGCUC